AUGAUUUACGACACAAUAUUUGCCAAAAGCUUUAGUCGUUAUGAGCAGAAAAGGUUGGGAUAUGGAGCAUUUGUUAGCUUCUUGCUCAUAGUUUUGAGUCUUUGUACUGUGUUUAAGCCUUACUUGGGUCCUAUACAUGAUUUGAACUUGAAGCUCUUCAUCGGAGUUAACACCAAAAUGCUGAUGGUCAAUGACACAAGAAGCUCUUCACAAAUAGCCAAAGUUGAAGACAUUGUAGCCGAAAUUCUUGUUAAAGGCACUGGCAGUUCUCCCCAAAUGGAUAAAGUUGGAGAAAUAGAAACAAAGAAAAAGGAGCUACUGUGCACUUCAGAAGAAAGAACAGAAUUUUGCCAAACUCGUGGAGAUAUCAGAGUCCAUGGAAAAUCCUCCACUGUUUUCAUUGUUUCAUCUAACACAACCAUGUUAGCACAAAACAUUUCCUUGAGCAUAAAGCCUUAUGCACGAAAGGACGACGUAGAUGCAAUGAAUCGUGUAAGAAAAUGGUCACUGAAAGCAGUAAAAAUUGGCAAGGAAGUCCCCAAAUGCACUCAAAAUCACAGCAUUCCAGCUGUAAUAUUUUCCACUGGAGGCUAUGUUGGCAACCACUUCCAUGAAUUCACUGACAUUGUUAUUCCACUGUUUUUGACUUCUAGACGAUUCAAUGGAGAAGUACAGUUGAUCAUAACGAAUAACCGCCCUUGGUGGAUUUUAAAGCACAAAGCACUUCUUAAGAAGCUGUCAAACUAUAAGAUUAUGGACAUUGAUAGUGACAAUGAAGUUCAUUGUUUUCCAAGGGUGAUUGUUGGUCUCAAACGGCACCAUAAAGAACUAAGCAUUGACCCUCAAAAGUACUUCUAUUCUAUGAAAGACUUCAGGGAUUUAUUGAGAAGUUCCUAUUCAUUGAAGAGAGUUGAAGCAAUCAAAAUCAAAGAUGGUCGAAGUGGGAAGCCAAGGCUCAUGAUUCUUUCAAGAAAGAGAUCAAGAUCCUUCACUAACACAGCUCAAAUAGCGAAAAUGGCUGAGAGUUUGGGUUUUGAUGUGAUUAUUAAGGAAGCAGGGGGCAGCAUGUGGGGCUUUGCAAAUGCUGUGAAUUCUUGUGAUGUGUUAUUGGGAGUGCAUGGUGCUGGUCUCACUAACAUGCUUUUCCUUCCAGAUAAUGCAGUUUUCAUCCAAGUGGUGCCUUAUGGAGGGUUUGCAUUGGACUGGCUUGCCACAAAUGACUUUGGAAAGCCCUCAAAGGAAAUGAGCUUAACGUACUUGGAAUACAAAAUAAGGUUGGAAGAAAGCACUCUUAUACAACAGUAUCCACUGGAUCAUAUGCUAUUAAAGGAUCCCCCAUUAAUUGGUAAAAUAGGAUGGGAAACAUUUAAGUCUGUGUAUUUGGACAAGCAAAAUGUAAAUCUUGAUGUUAUUAGGUUUAGGCCAACAUUGCAAAAAGCCCUUGAGCUAAUGCAUCAAUAA